AUGGAGGCUUACGUUGAUGAUAUGUUGGUCAAGAGUCUCUUGGCUGAGCAGUAUCCAAAUGACUUGGAUGAGUGCCUCCAGACCUUGCGCCAGUAUCAGAUGAAGCUCAACCCGGCUAAGUGUGCAUUCAGGGUGACAGCUGGUAAAUUCUUGGGGUUCAUGGUGCAUUACCGGGGGAUUGAGGCUAACCCCUUGAAGAUAAAAUCCAUUCUCGAGAUGCCUCCUCCUCAUAAGGAGUGCCAGGAGGCAUUUGAGCAGCUGAAACAGUGUCUGGUCUCCCCCCCAGUCCUAGCUAAGCCACAGCCAGGAGAGUCACUAUACAUUUAUUUGGCUGCCUCGGAUGAGGCCGUCAGUUCGAUUUUGGUACGGGAGGAGGACAAAGUUCGAAAGCCGGUCUACUAUGUGAGCAAGAGAUUGGCUGGAGCCGAGAUUUGUUACACUCCAACAGAAAAGUUGGCCUAUGCCCUAGUCAUCUUCGCUCAAAAGUUGAGGCCCUACUUCGAGGCACACCAUGUUAUCGUCCUAUCAAAUCAGCCAUUGAGGCAUGUGUUGGGAAAGUCGGACUUGUCAGGGAGGAUGCUCAAGUGGGCGGUGGAGCUAAGUGCCUUCGACAUCGACUAUCGACCUCGGCCGGCCAUCAAGGCACAAGCUCUUGCUGACUUUAUCGUGGAGGGCACCCUACUAGUGGAAGCAGACGAAGGGGUUUCCCAGACUUGGACUCUCUUUGUGGAUGGCAGCUCCAGUGUUGGAGGCAGUGGUGCUGGAAUAUUGCUCCAGGGCCCCAACGGUCAGGCUUGGCCAUAUGCCCUCCACUUCGAGUUCAAUGCCUCUAAUAAUGAGGCUGAGUACGAGGCGCUUAUUGCCGGGCUCAGACUAGCGGAACAGAUGGGAGUCAGGGAUUUGGAGGUCACAGGGGAGUUUGAGGCCCGGGAGGACGCCAUGGCUCAAUACUUGGCAAUAGCCAAGGAUCUUAUGGCGCGAUUUCAAGCGAUGAAAAUCAAUCAUGUCCCACAUGCGCAGAAUGCAGUGGCGGAUGCUCUCUCGAGGAUAGCUGCUUCUUCCUUCCCCAGGAAUUCCCGAGCUGUCUACAUGGAGUCGUUGCCUCAGAGGAGCAUAGAGACAGAAACAGAGCAGCUUUGCGUAGAUGGAGUAGAAAAUUGGAUGGAUCCAAUUGUAGCACAUCUAACCAAUGGAUGGCUACCAGAGGACGAACAAGAGAGUCGAAAACUCAAGCGUCAAGCUGCCAAGUUUCUUUUGAUCAGAUUAGACCUUUACAAGAAAUCCUUCACUCAAUCGCUGUUGAAAUGUGUUGGGGCCAUCGAGGCCAACUACAUCUUAAGGGAAAUCCACGAGGGGAUUUGCGGCAGUCACAUCGGAGCUCGGACCAUUUUGCAAGGACUCCGAGCUCGAGUUAAGAAGGCGGAAGACCGAUGGGUAGAUGAGCUCCCCAAUAUACUAUGGUCUUAUCGAACUACGCCGCGAACGGCUAUAGGAGAAUGCCCUUUUACAUUGUGUUAUGGCUUGGAGGCUCUUAUCUCGGUCGAGAUUGGGGUGAUGAGCUACCGAGUGGAGCAUUUCGAUCCGGAGGUUAAUGAGCAAGGGCUAAGGUGCAACUUGGAUAUGAUGGAUGAGCUCCGAGACCUGGCACGAAUUCGACAAGCCGGGUAUAACCAGCGCAUUGCUAGGUACUACAAUCGACGAGUCCACGCUAGGAGUUUAAUGCUGGGAGAUCUUGUGUUGCGAUGGUUCGACGUGAGUCAUCCUCGGGAUACGAAUAAACUAACUCCGAAUUGGGAAUGA